GCGCUUCUCGAGGGGCAGUGCUAUGGCCUAUGGACGCCGUAGUCCAACAAAGACGUUGAUUGUUCUCACCGUGGAGGGUCGGCUGCUUCGUCUCACGUCCGCGGCGUUUUCUUGAAUGGAGUUUUCCGAUCCUCUGCUGCGGAGAUACCGCAACGAUCGUCGAAAGCUCCUCGAGUUCUUGUUGUCCGCCGGCUUUAUCAAAGAAAUCAAUACUCCGGCAGGUAGCACCACCUCUCUAACAAACAUCGAUUUUGACUCUCUCAGCGCGGAUUACGUUCUUGAAUGCGUUCAAUCAGGUGGCAUCCUUGAUGUUUCACAAGCGAUAAAGAGAUACUAUGAAGAUUCUUCGUACCUUGUUGCGAGUCACUUGCAACCAGGAAGUAUUUUCUAUCUAAAUUCUGAUCCAGAGUCAGCAGGAUCUCCACCACGGCGUGCUCCUCCACCAAUCACUAAGCAUCAAGAAGACACAGUUGAAUCAUGCAGUGCUCAGUGGUCGAACCAUUCUCCUGGCGAAAAAUCAUUUUCUACCAGUGAGGGAACUAAGAUCAACUGUGAAGUAACUGCAGCUCCAGAGACCAGUUACCUGCAUAAUCCAAGUGUUCUUUCAAUAGGAUUACCAACUCUAGAAACAGGUUUAGGGGACGAUGACUUGCGGGAAUGUGCUUAUGAAGUGUUUCUUGCAUCUAUGUUGUAUUCCGGGGUUCAGAUUCAGUCGACAGAAGCCAGAAAAAGAGAAAAAGGCUCUCGAUUUCUAACUGGGUUAAAGAGUAAAAGAGAAAAACGGCAUGUAGAAUCCCAAUCCCCUGAAAGGGCCCUAAAGGUCCUCGACACAGUUCGCGUACAGAUGCAGAUAUCUGAAGCAGCAGAUACACUUAUUAGGCGAAGACUGACACAGUAUGAGAUGGUGAAAUCGGGCGGACGAAUUGACAUUCCACAAUUAUCCCUAGCACUUUUGACAGGCAUAUUAAGAUCUGAUUUUCCAAGCCCAAAGUCAUAUCUCAACUGGAAGAAUAGACAAGCAAAUGUUCUUCAAGAAUUUCUUGCUUCAAAUCAUACAAAGACUGAAAAGCAGGUUGGAGUUUUACUUACAAAAAUCAGAACUCUGGAGGAAUGGGAUAUUAAGUUGUCUCCUUCUGAAAGGAGUGAUGUACUUUUAUCUCUUCGACAAAUUGUAUUGUCAUCCUCUUCUAAGCCUGGGCGCUUUGGGAUGGAGGGAGAAACAUAUUAUUGGACAGCUGGCUACUAUUUGCACAUUCGACUUUAUGAAAAGCUACUCUGCGGUUUAUUUGACAUUCUUGAAGAUGGCCAGCUUAUAGAGGAAUCAGAGGAGGUCCUGAAGUUGCUGAAGUUGACUUGGCCAAUGUUGGGUAUCACAGAAAGGCUCCAUCAUGCAUUAUUUUCGUGGGUGCUUUUUCAGCAGUUUGUUGCAACCCACGCUGAAGAGAGUGCACUAUUGGACUAUGCAAUUUGUGAAGUAGAGAAGGUUCUAUCUGCUGAAGUUUGUGAUGACCGGGAGGUGGCAUACAUUAAGACCAUGAUGUGUUUUGCCGCUGGAAAUGAACGUGAAAUACGAUUAAAUUUACUGCAAUCCAUAUUUAUGUCAAUCAGCUCAUGGUGUGACAGUAAAUUGCAGGAUUAUCAUCGAGUUUUUGCGCAGAAAUCAUCCCUCUUUGUGAGGGUGAUGACCAUGGGAUUGUCUGCAGGCACUCGAGAUUUUGUCUCCCAUGUGAAUAUAAAGAUUGCAGAGUUGUUCCUUCCUGAUGAGAGUGCUGCUGAGAAGAUCAAGACAUGUGUCAAAAAAUCACUGGAUGCUGUAUGCCUGGCUGCCACUCAUCAUGCUGUUGUUGGUUCUUCAAAAGAUAAUAUGCAUCCUCUGGUGAUUCUUGCAAAUGAACUUAGAUUGAUUGCUGAGAAGGAUCUCUCCAUUUUCACUCCCAUUAUAUUGCGUUGGUGUCCUGAAUGUGCAAUGGUCUCAGCCAGAAUUUUACACCAAUUUUAUGGUGAAAGACUGAAACCAUUUCUGAAGGAGGUAACAACCCCCAGUGAGGAUGUUAGGAAAGUGCUUUCUGCAGCUUAUUCAUUGGAGCGUUGCCUUACCCAGCUAUAUUCUUCAGCUUGUAAAGAAAACAACUCAAACUAUUGCCAAGACUUUGAGCGCUAUCCGAUAGCUGAAAUUUCCAAAUCUUUGCUUCUUGAAUGGGUAGUCGCUCAAAAUGAUAGAAUUCUGGAAUGGACUGGGAGAACUUUCGAUCUUGAGGAAUGGGAACCUUUAUCAUCUCAGAAAAAACAUGCUGCUUCAGCAGUUGAAGUAUUUAGGAUCAUUGAGGAGACAGUAGAUCAAUUUUUUGAGUGGCAUCUUCCUGUGGACAUCACUCAUUUACAAGCUCUACUUUCCAUAAUCUUCCACAGUCUGGAUGCCUAUUUGACAAAAGUUUAUAGCCAGUUAGUUGACCAGCAAAACUUAUAUCCUUCAACCCCUCCACUGACUCGAUACAAGGAUGCAACAUUUCCCAUGGUUAAGAAAAAGGUGGUGGAGAGUUCAGUUAUCAAUGAUGUAAUAUAUAACCAGUUGGAUGACUUGACAACUUCCAAGUUAUGUAUCAGAUUGAAUACAUAUCGAUAUAUACAAAAGCAAAUUGCUUUACUCGAAGAUGGCAUUAGGAAGUCAUGGGAAGCGGCCAUAUUGCUCCACAUGGAUAGAUACUCAACAGAAGAGACUCGUGAGACUUUGGAGACCACCAAUGUUGAUAAUGAGGCAGUUUCAGAGCUUUUUGUUGCCACACUGGACUGCAUAAGUGAUUCUGCUUCCCAGGCAAUUAGAAAGACAAGUGAUUUCCUGGGGGCCAAAAUCGUGUUCUGGGAUAUGAGAGAUUCAUUUCUAUAUCAUUUGUAUCAUGAUAACGUUGAAGGAAAUCGCAUGGAAGGUAUACUCCCAGAAUUUGACCGGGUCCUCAAUAAUGUCUCCAGUUUGAUUGACGCUACAAUCAGAGACCUUGUAGUGUCGAGCAUUUGGAAGGCAUCACUGGAAGGCUUUAUGUGGGUAUUGCUUGAUGGAGGUCCUUCACGAGCAUUUUCUAAUACAGAUAUUCCCAUGAUUGAAGAGGAUUUUAAUAUGUUAAAGGAAUUGUUUGUUGCUGAGGGAGAAGGUCUUCCUCGCUCAUCGGUCGAGCAGGAAGCAAAAUUUUAUCAUCAGAUUAUGAGUUUAUUUUCACUCAAGACCGAAUCCUUGGUUCAGAUGCUUAUGGCAUCUAGCGAACACAUUUCAGCUGGUUUAAGUCGAAGCAAUAAACACCGGCAACGGUAUGUAGGUGAUGCUCACACUAUAAUUCGUGUACUAUGCCACAAGAAAGACAAGGAAGCCUCAAAGUUCUUGAAGAUGCAUUAUAGGCUUCCUCCAUCCUCAGAGUACAGUGAGAGUCCCGGGGAGAAUUCGGGUUCAAUUUCUAGUUCCAGUUUUAGUUCACCUUAUGUAACUGAUCUACUGAAGAAAAGUGCGUCCAUCCGUUGGUCGGAGAAGGGUCAGAACAGCUUCAGAUCAUUCAGAAAGAAACUUCAAGAAGUGGGGUGGAGCUAAAAACCAAACAACAAAGAGAACCAUAUCAUGAUGCAAUGACAACACACUCUGCUCCUUUUUAUCAAAGAGCGGUUUGUGUGCGUGGUGAUAUACUUUUGCAGGAAAGAAAAGGUAAUGAAUUCAUUCUUUGACAGAGAGAAAGCCGUUCAUCAAUUAAGGUAUUGUAUACACUAGAGAGAGAAGGGGACUCAAUUAUAGGGCUGAAAGAAGCUGGUUUUUAUUUUUAUUUUUAAUUAAUUUUACCCUUUGUUUUUGUUGGUAUUUUUACUUUCUGGUUGGGGUAUCUGCUGUUUUAUCCUCUGCCUUGUGUGACAAUAAUUAUUAUUGAUCUUAUUAUUAAGUUUAAUAAAGAAACAAAUAUAUAUAUUAUAUAUAUAUUUACACA